AUGCGUCGCUUCUUACAGGCUGCUCUACGAUCCCACCUAAACAAAUUGCGAUAUUACCCUAGAAACUUGACAGGCCAAAGGUGCUCCUCACGUCUUUACAAACCUCUCAACCCAGAGACAUCUCAAAUUCGACUACUCAGGGUCCCUCAAGACCCAUCUUCUGGAUUCGAACUCGUUACAGCAUCACUAGAUAACAAACCAAGAUAUGCAGCACUGUCAUACCUCUGGGGCAAUCCUGAGCACUAUGGCCAAAUCACAAUCGAGGGUAACACUGUCAAGAUCCCAGAUAACUUGGCCUCAGCAUUCCUUUGUAUUUUGAGCGAUGAGCCUUUUCGCUCGCAAUCUGAUUGCCAAUACCUCUGGGCGGAUGCGAUAUGCAUCAAUCAGAAUGAUCACGAGGAAAGAUCUCAGCAAGUUCAGCUCAUGCGUCGUAUCUUUCAACUUGCCCACUUUACUCUCGCAUGGGCUGGACCGAAGGACUACUCCCUUGCUUUCGAUACUAUUAAAACGAUAGGAAAGAUAAUAGAUAAAAACGCCACCAAGAAGGGCAUUGUGUCCACGACGCCCUUCGACGUUGAGUGGUUACGGGGUUAUCCCGAGCUUUGUCUCGACAGAGGAUCUAACCUCCCCAACAACCAUCUCGUCGAUCCCUGGUCUGCCGUGGCCGACUUUCUACAACAUCAGUAUUGGAAGAGGGCAUGGGUAUUCCAAGAAGUCGUCCUUGCCGACCAAUUAGUCUUCAUCAGUCCAGGGAAAUCCAGCCUGGAAUGGUCCACCCUCCGUGGUAUUCCACACGGCAUCGAUUCUAUCAUGAGGAACGACACGAAGCGGCCGGACUUUCUGUCAGAUACAGCGUGGGACCUCUUGAGCAGUCGACUUUCCUGGGGCAAGCUGUCCUGGUUAUUGCUUGCCCAGGCACGUACCAAGAUACCUGACCCAGAUGGGUUCAAAGGUUGGGUAAUCUCUACUUUUGCAGUCAAUUUGGAAGCCACCGAUCAUCGGGAUCAUAUUUAUGGUCUUCUUGGAGUGUCUGGUAUCCCGAUGAGCCCAAACUACAGCCCUGAGAACAGGGCUUCGCACGUGUACACCAAGUAUAUCGCUGGAUGGUUGAAAGCUGCACGCACCCAAAAGACGAUGCACGUACGCACUCCUCUCGCCUUCCUGUCCCUAGCAGGAGUAGGAAAGUUUGGUGAAUCCGACCUACCAAGUUGGGUACCAAAUUAUCCAGAGAAAAAGGACGUGGCUGUCCCAUGGUGCUAUGAAGCUAGCGACAUGAAAAUAUUGGCUCAUGGUGCGCCGUCUUCACUGCCAGCGGACCUUGACACUUACCCGUUUGUCGUCGAGGAGACUCAAAGUCUAUUUACUUGGGGUGUUGAUAUGGGAUCUGUUACUUUGACAACAGAGUACCCGAGAGGCGAAGAUUAUGCAAUUCUUGCGUCGUUUAUGUCAUUAGCAAGCUCUUUCACGGCGCGCAAUUCACGUUACGUAUCCGGUAUUCCAGCAGCGCAGGCCAUUAUUCGAUUAAUACGUGUCAACUCACUUCAACACACUACUCGGGACUUGAUAGAUACCGCUAUGAAUCUGGCCAUGCUAAUGGCUUACUUCAACCAAGAACCAUCCGACACUGUCCAGAAGACCUGGGGCAGUGACUGGGAUAAAGACAUUCUCAAGCUGGCCUUUCCAACAAUAGAUGUGACCCAAUUGGGAAUCAAUCCAGACAUCCUCUCGGAACUCAGCUCCUGGGAUAGACAGCGGCGUAUAGACGCCACUUUCGCUAUUGUCCCCUUGCUUCACCAUUACCAAUUUUUCGAGACAAGCGAGGGAUACUUGGGUGCAGUUGACCAUCAAGUUGUGAAAGGCGAUCGCCUCUGUGUCCUCGCAGGCUACGACAAGCCAGUCAUCUUGAGGCCUAAUGUAGACGGAUCUUACGCUUUCAUAGGGUCGACAUUGGUGAUAGACAUGGACGAUGACCAUGUUCUACAAACCCACAAGGCUCAAGGUAAAUGGCUAGAACUGCAAUGA